AUGGAAUUCGCUACCACCUGGAUCCACUCCGUCGCCGUCGAGGACUUCGACGUCCGCCGCUUCGGCGCCUUCACCACCCUCCCCGUGCGCAUCAGCAAAUACAACGAUGUCGCCAGCUCGGCCGCACGCAAGCUCACUUGCGACUGGGAGGCCAGCUGGGUCAGGCACUCGGGUAGCCCGAUGCUUCCCACGAGGUCCUGGGGCGAUCUGCUUGCCUUGACCAUCCCGGAGGUGCUGCCCGAGAGAGUCUCCACCGCCGUCAGGCUGGCGGAACUGAGCCGGCUGUGCGAUGCGUUCUGCAACCAACUUGACUCCCACUGCAGACGGGAAGGUUAUGAGAUGUUGAACAAGUGUUUCGACCUGUGCUCUUCCUCCUCCUUCUCCUGCUCCUGCUCUUCGGGUGGCUGCGGCAAGAGCUCCGGGGGCAAGCAUGCCCAGAUCAAGGCUCUCGUGUCGGAGGUCAUUCUUGAGCUCAUCCAGACCGACCGCGAGCAUGGCAUGCAUAUCCUGAACCUCUACCGGCAGGCCGUCAUGUCGGAAUCGUCCUUCGGGUGCAGGACCUCUUCUCCCUUCAGAACCUUCUGGCCCAUCCUUGAGUUCGCCAUCGCCCUCAAGCUCAGCGACUGCGAUCGCAGUAUUCUUCACAACAUCAAGUGCGUCGUGGACGAGUGUCUCAUCCUCAACGACGAGUACUGGAACGGCCGGGACAAGAUCGGCGGUCUGGGCCAGACGGACUUCUGCGGCCGCAUGAACGGACUCUCUGUCGAUGCCGGGGAGGACUUGAGACGGAGAAUCAUUGCUCUUGAGUCGCGCUACCUCGCUCUCAGAGCCGAGUUCUACUGGAAGUACCCGGCCGAAUCCAUCCGUCUGCGCCGCUGGAUUGAGGCUGCCGGAGCCGCCAUGGCCAGCUACAACUACUGGCGCGCGUCCACCUCAUCCUCUCGUCCCUGCUCCACUGAGAGCUGGACCUGCGUUACUCGGUCCUCGAGCUCGUGCAGCUCCCAGCCUCCCGCCUACCCCAGCUGCUACAAGAAAGACGAAUGCUCUAUCCUCACGGCCCCGACCAGCUACGUCAGCUCCUUCUCGCCCUCCCAGGCCCUCAGCAUGGUCCCCUCCGCCAUCAACACCUGGGUGCGCGCCCCGGCCGGCGCCGUCGGGUGCGUCUCCUCCAUCAUCACCGCGCUGUACAACGGCACCACCAUCCUCGACGACAUCAACACCAAGGCCACCCAGCGCUACAGCCAGCCCGCCGCCCACACCGUGUUCGGCGCCCCCCAGGCCGCCAACAGUGCCCACUACACCUUCAUCCAGGCGAUUUCGGACGCGCAGAAGAUGAGCAACCCGGCCGUUGCGACUGAAAUCCUCCUCGGCGGCCUCCGCCGCUUCUACACCGGACAGAGCCGCGAGCUGAGCUGGUCCCACACGGCCUGCAUCCCCUCUGAGCCCGAGUAUCUGUCUGCCAUCGACGACACCACUGGAUCCAUCUACACCAUCACGGCCAACCUGCUCCAGGCUGAGAGCUGCACCCCCCGUCACUGCCAACCCGAUCUGAUCCCCCUCGCCACCCUUCUUGCGCGGUUCGCCCGUGUCAAGGAGGAAUACAUCACCCUCCGCAACCGGGAGAUCCGCGAAUGCGCGUCCCCCAGCGCGAGCGCGAACUUCACCCUCUCCCUCUCCUACCCCAUCGUCCGCCUGGUCGCCUCCCGCCCGGAGACCCGCGCCCAGGUCUCGAAGAUGAUCUUCGAGAAGAAGGAACUGCAAAGCGGCAAGCCCGACAACUGCGCCUGCGACAACGACCGCAAGGGCGACUGCUGCGGCUACAAUGUCAACGUCAACUCCAGCUGUCUGAUGCUGCUGCUGACACAGUCGGGUGCGCUCGGCGCCACGCGCGAGUUCCUUCGCGAGCUGGAGGAUAAGAUCGAGAAGGAGAUCAUGCAGAUCGAGAAGUGCUCUGGCGAGUGCAACCCGGUUAUGCGCAUGGUUCUGUCCCGCUUGCGGGAGGGACUUAUGUGUUAGUCUUGUCACUGUACCACCAUGUACUUCACCACGUCCCUUACCAUGUCCCUCAUGUAUCACACCAUGUACCACAUCCUCAUGUAUGAUCAACUGCACUUACUAGCCUGAUUACUUUUAAAACUCUAGAAGCC